AUGACAUCGAACGGUGCAAACCAAGACAAACCAUUAGAACUUAUUCAAAAGACAUAUCAUCUUCAAACAACAACAAGCAAUAAUAUUGAAAAUUCUUCACAAAAUCGUACUUUACCCGCCAAAGUGUCUAAUCCUCAACCAUCUCGUAAAACGUCUGUUCACGACGUACAAGAAGCAACCAGAGACGAUUUGAAUAAGAUAGUAGGAGAAAUCCAUGAAGGCCUUGCCCGUUUAAACGGGAUAUUAGAAACAAUGACUGCUGCUGCUUCUGUACGAGAUGAAUUUGGUAAAGCAAGAUUACAAUUAGUUGUUAAAAUUACAGAUUUUAUUUAUAAAUUAACAAGUGACUCCGGAAGAAGAUCAUCUAAUGGUUUUAAGGGAAGUUCAACUAAUUUAACAUAUAAUCCUCAACAUCUUGCUUAUUGUAUUGAACAUUGUCGAAAUCAACUUGUAAAAGCUCAAUAUUUAUUCUCAUCCUUAACCCUAUCCGCUUCAAUUGGUUCAUCAACUUUAGAAAAUAUUAUUGUUAAAUCACUAUCUUCAAUAGAUCUACGACAAUCAUUAUUAAAUCCUCAAGAUGCACAAAAUAAUGAAGAUAUUGCCGAAAUAAAAAAAGAUAUCUCCAUUUUAGAAGAACAUGUACAUUUACUUAAUCAACGUUAUUCUAAUCAGAUCCCAGGGUGGCAAACAUUAGAUGAUGUAGCAGGAGGAACGACAACGAUGGCGACGACAGGAGCGGAAAAAUUGCCUCCUGGUGAUGGUGGAUUAAAUGUUCAAAGACUAGGAGUAACUCCAGUAGCUCAGAAAUUAUCAACAACAUCAUCCACAACAUCAAUUGAACGUUCGAGUUUUUGUGCUCGAUUCUAUCAAAAAUGCCAAAUGGUUUGUUGUAUAUGUACACCACAUUAUCUAUAA